GACUUCUUGGCUUUGAAGAAUACUUUAAAUCAAUUCAUCACACACAUUCGAUUCUUUGAAUUGUCUUCAAAAGAUUUUAACGAUAAGGUUCGGCCUUUUAAGAAACUAUUGCCAAAAACACUGUUUGAAGAUAUUGUGACGUUUUAUAUGAUAAAUGUUCAACAAAAUAUGCCGCCUCCUCGUAAUGGAAGAGUUGAUGUUGGUUCAACGAUCAUCAGAUCAAAACAUGCGUCCAUCCUUACUAAUUGGAUUCAAAGGAAGGAUGCUAAAACAAAAAUUCCAAAUGAUAAAUUUAAUUUUAACCUCAUAUACCGUGGAAGUAGGGAUGGUUUUGAUGUCCAAAUUAUGCGUAAAAAAUGUAAUGGACAAGGAGCUUAUAUUUUAAUUAUUAAAAUUAAUGAAAAUGAUGCUAUAAUUGGUGGUUAUAAUCCUCUUGGUUACAUUCUUAAAAGAAGAAGUAAAGGUUAUCCCUACGAUUAUUGGACUAAAACUACCAAAAGUUUUAUAUUUUCUAUUGAUAAAAAAGAUUGGAAAAUUAGUCGUGUUGCAAGUGCAGAUCAUGCUAUAUAUGAACUUUAUGAUACUUGUAACCAUGCGUUGAAUUUUGGUGACAGUGAUUUGGUUAUCAAUGGUAAUGCUGGCACAUGCAAUCAAAAAUAUUAUGAAAGCAAAAUUUUGAAUACAGAUAAGUUUACCAUUAAAGAAAUGGAGAUGUUUGCAUUCAAGGUUGAGUAA